AUGUCAGGACGUGGUAAAGGAGGAAAAGGUUUGGGAAAGGGCGGUGCUAAGCGCCAUCGUAAGGUAUUGCGUGAUAACAUUCAAGGUGUUACCAAACCAGCCAUAAGAAGGUUGGCACGCAGAGGUGGUGUUAAGCGUAUAUCUGGUUUGAUAUACGAGGAGGUUAGAGGUGUACUUAAGGUUUUCCUUGAGAACGUUGUCAAGGAUUCCGUCACCUACACUGAGCACGCUCGUAGGAAAACAGUCACUGCCAUGGAUGUCGUCUAUUCACUUAAGAGACAAGGCAGAACCCUUUACGGUUUUGGUGGUUAA